AUGUAUCCCAGGAUUAAAAACCUCGCGCUCUACGCCUGCUCGAUCACGCUGCUGGCCUGGGUUCUUUAUGUGAAGAAAGAGGCAAAGUUGGCAGCAUCCUCGGCAGACCAGAAAGUGGACACAGCAGAUCCCAAAGCAAAGUCUUUGGCUGUGGAGAAUGCUGAACCCAGCAAGUGUUUGCCAGACUUGACCCUUGCCAAUUCCUCUCUCGCUCUCCCAGAGCUUCACCGUGUCUUCUUGACAUACAAGCACUGCCGGAACUUCUCGGUCCUGCUGAAGCCUUCCAGGUGUGGCAAAGAGACCUUCCUCUUGCUGGCCAUCAAGUCCUCCCCAAUCAACAUAGACCGGCGGGCAGCCAUCAGGAACACCUGGGGGAAGGAGGUCUCCAUCAGGGGCAAGCAGGUCAGGCUGGUUUUCCUCCUGGGGCGCUCUGAGGCCAAAGUCCAGGUGCAGCCCCUACACCAGCUGCUGGCUUACGAGAGCCAGGAGUUUAAUGACAUUGUACAGUGGGAUUUUGUUGACAACUUCUUCAACUUGACCCUCAAGGAGCUGCAUUUCCUCCGCUGGUUCACGGAGGACUGCCUGCCUGCCAGGUUUGUGCUGAAGGGUGAUGAUGAUGUCUUUGUCAACACUUACAAUAUCGUUGAGUUCCUCCAAGAACUGGACCCUGAACAGGAUCUCUUUGUUGGGGAUGUGAUCACCAAAGCCCGGCCCAUCAGGAACACCAAAGUCAAAUACUUUAUUCCAGAGUCCAUGUACAGAGACCCCUUCUAUCCCCUCUAUGCAGGUGGAGGGGGAUAUGUGAUGUCUAGAGAGACAGUGCGUCGCCUCCAGAGCACUGCAGAGCAUAUGGAGCUCUUCCCAAUAGAUGAUGUCUUUGUGGGAAUGUGUCUGGCAAAGAUGACAGUGACCCCAAAGAACCACGCUGGCUUUAAGACUUUUGGGAUCCAGAGACCUUUCAACCCUUUUGAUCCGUGCUUGUACAAGGGGCUGAUGGUUGUGCACAAACUAAACCCGACCGAGAUGUGGAUCAUGUGGGCGCUGGUGAAGGAUGACAGCAUCAGGUGUGCUGUGUCUAUCACACACAGCUACAGAAGGGCUUGGAGAAGAAGCUACUGA